CCAGCCAGACUGAGCCAGGCAACGGCAACCAGGCAGUGUGCGUGUAGCCGUCUUAGUGAGAGGUGGUGUGUUGUCGCUCCUCAAGCCCGGCCCCUCGCGUGUGUUGAUGACAAAGUAAUGUGCUGAGACUUGUGUUGUGAUUGUCAGCACAAGACUUGAAUUACUCUGAGAAAGGAAUCUGUUGUACUACGUUUUGUAAACAGUGAAUCAGCGCCCGCGGCGCCGUGAUGGACGCGCCCGCGCUCUAGCACCAUGGAGCGACGACUCAAGCUGAAGUCGCUGAAGCGAGUCUACAGCCAGAAGGUGACGGGGGCCGAGCGGCGCGAUGUGGGGCUCCGCUCCCCUGGGGCCCCAAAAAAGCCUUUGGUUAAAUCUCUAUCAAUGGACUGGCGCCUCAACCUUGGGUCCCCCCUGGACCCCGGCCCACCUGCCCUUCACAGGAUUGAUGAACUGGACUUGAGCUCAAGCCAACACCUGUGUCGGAGUGCCACCUGCCCCAGUGUGCCCACCAUUGACCCCCAGGCAUCCCCGCUGCCAUCACGCCAAGCUCCUGAGUCUGUCCGCAGCUCUCCCGCCACGUCCGGACUCAGGUCGCUUGGCAGAGGUGUAGGGACGCCCCUUGUGCGGUCCCAUGAAGACCCGGGUCCCACCACCCCUGGCAGCGACAAGAGGCCGCACCGAGGACUCCGCCGCACUCGAUCUCGACCGGAGGGUCCUGCACCUUCGUUCGGACCCCGGUCUGCUGCCGCCGUGGAAUCCGGGGGCAGCUUGGGGGCCAGCGUGGGCGGCACCAUCAAACGAUACGUCAGUCUUCUGAGGAGCCGAUCAGCUGUGUCCCACCGGGAGCGUCCCAUCCUGGGCCGCAUUAGUCCAGGUGAGUCAGUGCGAGGUGACACGAGAGAGAGAGAGAGAAUGAGUGAGAGAGACUGAGGGGCGCUGCUACUGUCAAGGGAAGGUAAGUGAAAUGGAGGGAGAGAAGGAGAGGUGGAGUAUAGGAAGAGUGAGAUAAAGGGUAGGGAGAAG